UGUACAAACAAGAAAGGUUGCGGAGAGACACACUCACACAUACACAGAGAGAGAAGAAUGGGGCUGAGUGCGACGGCGGUCGGAGCGUUACUGGGUUUGGGGAUUCAGGUGUACUCUAAUGCUCUCCGCAAACUUCCCUUCAGUCGCCAUCCAUGGGAGCACGUGGUAGGAAUGGGGUUGGGCGUGGUGUUUGUGAAAUCGCUUUUGAAAUGGGAGGCUCAGCAAGAACAAGACCUUGACAAGUUGCUCCAAAGAGCCAAGGAAUGUAACGAAAGACGUUAUAUAGAUGCAGAGGACGAUUAGUGCAUGCCUUCAAGGACUGCAGCAGUUGGUGAAAGUAAUCGUGAAAUGUGUUGAACUUGUUACCUUUGUUUUAUGAUUUCAUGUUGUUAUGUUUGUAAGGCUGUUAAAGCUUUUUCAUGCCAAUCAACCUGUUUUCUGCACAAGCUUCUACAAGCAAUGAAACUGAUAGAUGAUAAUGUUAUGGGCUUAUGGCUUCAUUAAUAAUAAUGACUUUAUCCGAUAACUUCCUUGGUGGUAACUGUGAUUCCAAAAU